CCGCACCCCAACGCCGCCCCGCGCCCGGUCGACACUACCGCCCCGGGAGGCCCCGGCCCCCGCAGUCUCGGGAGGCCUCCGCCCCGGGAACCUCGGCCUCCUCGCUACGCCCGGUCACACGUGCCUGUGGCUCGGGGACCCCACUUGGGGUCCUGUGCCCCCCUCCCCGCCCCCAGCCGCGGCCGCCGCGCCUCGGGAAACAGCUUCUGAUGCCCCGCCCCGCCCCCUCACACCCAUUGGCUAGUCACCCUGCGUCUGUCGCGCUUAUUGGCUUGUGCAUAAGUCCGUCUCGCGCCCUCGACACCGCCUUCUUCCUGGCAUAGGAGGCUGAGGAGAAAGAGAUGGACACCCCAGACUCAGCCUCAAGGGUCUUCUGUGGCCGCUUCCUCAGCAUGGUGAACACUGAUGACGUCAAUGCCAUAAUUCUGGCCCAGAAGAACAUGCUGGACCGCUUUGAGAAAACCAACGAGAUGCUUCUGAACUUCAACAAUCUGUCUAGCGUGCGGCUACAACAGAUGAGUGAGCGCUUCCUGCACCACACCCGCACCUUGGUGGACAUGAAACGGGACCUGGACAGCAUUUUCCGAAGGAUCAGGACACUGAAGGGGAAGCUGGCCCGGCAACACCCAGAGGCCUUCAGCCACAUCCCAGAGGGUUCAUUCCUAGAGGACGAAGAUGAAGACCCUAUCCCGCCCAGUAUCACCACAACCAUCGCCACCUCGGAGCAGAGCACGGGCUCCUGUGACACCAGCCCUGACACUGUCUCACCAUCCCUCAGUCCUGGUUUUGAGGACCUAUCACACAUGCGACCUGGCUCUCCUGCCAUCAACGGCCACAGCCAGACAGAUGAUGAGGAAGAGACACAUGAAGAAUAGCCUCCUUCCCACAGCCUGUGGUCCUCCUAGGUCACAGUCAAGUCAGCUUUGCUGCUCCAUUCUUUUACAGGCAGGGUUCCUAAUUCCUGCCACUCCCCCAAGAGCAGGACUUCCCUAUGCCAGCACGUGAGCCCCAGCUGGGGCGGUGGGGCUGGGUACAGGUAACCUUGAGCUCAGCCUGGACCAGCUUUGAACAGUGCUUCUAAGAUUCCCAGAGACCAAAACCAGAUCGUCCCCCACAAAAUAAGUGGGUGCAGGAGAGCCGAGCUUGUUCCUACCCACUGGCAGCUGCUGAUCAGCUCUGGUCUCCCUGCCCUCUGUGGAGGAUGUUUCCCCUGUUGGGUUGAAUUCUGGAGGAAUAGAAGACUGGAGAUGAGACAGCCUUGACUGUGGGGAGCUGCUUCUCCAUCAGGCGUCUCCAGCUGGCCAGUCACCUUAGAAAACAGCUCAAUGGAAUAUUUUUGUACCCGAUGUUUACAGAUGGUGGGAAGUUAUCAAUAAAGACUGUUGUUAAAAGGGAACACUA